UUGCGCAUUGCACUUUGUGGUGUUCGGUUGUGACUAUCGGUGUGUUAAUUGGUUCUGUGUGCCGUGUUUCUCUGUGCUACUGUCUUUCGAGUUGUAUUACUCAUAUGCCAUUGCCUGCAAAUCAAAGCUGGAUUAGAUGUUAAUCAGUGUUGUUAGCCAACCAUUUGUGUAUUGAUUUUUGUACAAAAGUGUAACCACAAUGUCAAAGGAUAUGGAUAUUGAACAGGCGGCGCAGGCGACGAUGACGACGACUUCAAUCGAAGUUAAAGCCGAGCCUGUCACUGUUGCCGAACCAACAGCAACAAUAACAGUGGUAGCAGCAGCAGCAGCAGCGGCAACAAAUGGCGAUAGCAGCGGCAAGGCGGCUGAGGAGCAAAAGCAACAAGCAGCAACGGCAACAACAAUAACAACAAUAACGGAACAAGUGCAGCCAACAGUUGCUGCCGCCGUCGAAUCGACCGCAAGCAAAGGCAACAACAAAUCCAAUAUGGAUCCGACGCUGAUCAACUUUAAGGUGCUCUAUGUGCUAACACAGCUGUGCGGCUUGACGAUGAUUGUGCUGGUUGGCACCUGGAUCGGGCAGCAUUUCGGUGGCUUGGGCGGCACCGACAAUCCCAAGCAGGAGUUCAAUUGGCAUCCGCUAUUUAUGACCAUUGGCUUUAUCUACUUGUACGGCAAUUCCAUACUCGUCUAUCGCGGCUUUCGCACCACACGCAAGAAGACACUGAAGCUCACCCACGCCGGCAUUCACAUGGCCGCCUUCGUGUUGACGGUGAUUGCGCUGAAGACGGUCUUCGAUUCGCACAAUCUGGUUGAUCCGCCCAUUCCCAAUAUGUACUCGCUGCACUCGUGGCUGGGUCUCUCCGCUGUCAUCAUCUUCUGCUUGCAGUAUGUGGCCGGGUUUAUGGCCUUUCUGGUGCCGGGCAUGCGGGAGAACUAUAAGAUUGCUCUGAUGCCGCUGCACAUAUAUUUCGGACUGUUUGGCUUUGUGUUAGCCAUUGCCAGCGCCGUUAUGGGGCUCACCGAGAAGGCCAUAUUUGCGAUCCCCAACUAUUCGAAGCUGCCCUCAGCGGGCGUAUUGGCCAACAUUAUCGGCGUGCUCUAUGUUGUGUUCGGCGGUCUCGUUGUUUACCUGGCCACCGAGCCGUCGUAUAAGCGAAAGCCUAUACCGGAGGAUACAGCUCUGCUCACGGCCAAUGGAAACGAGUAGAGUUGAGCCGAUGUCCCCAAUGACCAGCUGCAAUCAUAACUUAAGCUCAAAACUGUGCACAAAACAAACAGAAAACAAAUCCCAAAGUGGAGGAUGCUAUUAACCGUGUGGUGCUUCGUUUUUCGUUCAUCUCAAAAGCUCUACGAAAUGUUAAAGUUGAAAUGCGUGUUUUUAAUUAUAAUAGUGAAUAAUUUAUGAGUUAUAUAAAUUUAAUAUAUAUACCAUAUAUAUCUAUA